CUUAGCACAAUUCAAUGACUGUUUUAAUUUUGACGUAAUAACCUAAGAAUCUUCUAUGUUCUUCAAACCAUCAGCUGAGUAAAGUUCCGUGAGAAUAUGGCUGCUAGUGAAACCGCAAAUAUUUUCCUUUCAACGAUAAUUCUUGCGUCAGUUGUAUUAAAUACGACAGCAUGUUAUAUAAUUUUGUUUAAAGUGAAGAAGAAGAAGUUGACACAUCUGUUUAUUAUCAGCAUAUCAGUUGCAAAUUUGAUUGAAUCUAUAGUUGGGUUAACACCUCAACUUUUCAUAUCUAAUGAAUUGAUAUUGGUAAAAACACCGUUGUGUGUCAUAAACUCUUUUGCAAUCAUGGGACUCGCAAUAACAAGCAUAACCCACAUAUCAGUACUUUCUCUCAUCAGAAUUGUUGUUAUAAAAUAUCCAAUUUUCUAUUAUAAAACCUGCAAGAAAAUGUGGUGUAAAGUAAUUUUGAUAUCGAUAUGUUAUAUUUACGGUUUUGGCUGGGCAACGGUUCCUUUGAUUGGUUGGUCAAAAUAUGUAUUAGAUCUUGAUAAGAUGCGAUUUUCGUUAGAUUGGAAGUUGACUCAAGCAGACUCCUUAUCCUUUAUUCUGACACUUUUGGUUUUCUGCAACAUUUUGCCUGGAGCCGUAAUAGCAUUAACAACAUAUAUAGGAACAAAAACGAUUUCUAAACAAAAAUCAAAUGAAGUUAGUCAAACUGAAAAAGAAAAACCUGUUGAUAUUUUAGAAAAAUACUAUUUGAGAGUUUUUACUUUAUCAGCACUAAUGUUUUUUUUCAUAUGGACACCUUAUGCAAUUGUUGGCAUAUUGACGUUGUCAAAGUUUGUUAUUCCAACACACUUUGUGACAGUUGCAGCAUUGUUUGCAAAGCUGUCGACCAUUUCAAAUGUUCUAAUUAAUUGUUUUAUUAACAAAUCUUUUCAAAACCAAUUGCUAAGUUUAGGAAUCAUUCAAGCUUUCAUUAACAAAAGUAAAAGAGUUUCGCCAGUUUUCCCGGAAAAAUAAAUUUCUAUUUAAAACAUAAAAGUUCACUCGUGUGAAUACAAAAAUAAAUACAGAAACGAAUUAAUGUAAUGAAUAGGGAAAAAAAACUUUAUGAUCGCCAAUUUUUUUGUUUUAGACUUGAUUUUUUUUAAAUUGUAACAUGGCGUUUGGACAUAUUUCCACGACAGGUGUUUUACUCUUUUCGGAAACUCUGAGUGGAAAAUUUUAUUUGUAUUAUUUAAAGGAGUUUAUUGACUGCUAGCGCUAAUAUUG